AUGAAACCCAACAACGUGUCCUAUUUGAACCCCAGCACUGUUCUUUUGAUUGGCAUUCCCGGGCUAGAACAUGUUCAGUUUUGGAUUGGGUUUCCCUUUUUUGCCAUGUGCCUUGUGGCUGUUUUGGGAAAUACCAUUUUACUGAUCAUCAUCCCCGCAGAACGGAGUUUGCACCAGCCCAUGUACCUCUUCCUGGCUGUGUUGGCAGCCACUGACAUAGGCCUUUGUGCGGCCAUCACUCCCAAGAUGUUGGCCAUCUUUUGGUUCAGAUCUUACUACAUGGAGUUCGAUGCCUGCCUCGCCCAGCUGUUUUUCAUUCACACAUUGCAAUGCAUGGAGUCUGGCAUUUUAUUAGCAAUGGCCUAUGACCGUUACAUUGCCAUUUGCAAUCCUCUGAGGCACAGUUCCAUCCUCACACCUUCCAUCCUGGGUCACAUGAUAGUGGUGGUGGCAAUCCGAGCCGUUGUGCUGGUUGGUCUGCUACCCAUUCUGAUUAAAAGACUGCAUGCUUUCCAUUCUGUUCUUAUUGCCCACUCUUACUGUGAGCACAUGGCUGUGGUUAAGUUGGCUGCAGAAGAUGUCCAAGUCAAUAAAAUAUGUGGUCUUUUUGUGGGUUUUAGCAUACUUGGAUUUGAUAUGAUUUGUAUCCUUAUAUCCUACGUCCUAAUUUUUCAGGCUGUCUUUCGACUACAGCAAAAAGAGGCACGGCUCAAAGCAUUCAACACGUGCACAGCUCAUAUUUUUGUUUUCCUUGAGUUUUAUAUUCUUGCUUUUUUCUCCUUCUUCAGCCACCGUUUUGGACAUGUUCCCCCCUCAACACACAUUCUCCUGUCUACCAUUUACCUCCUUCUUCCACCUGCACUCAAUCCUAUUGUCUACGGUGUAAAAAACAUGGUGAUUCGUAAGCGUGUGGCACAGAUUUUCCUUAUGAAUCAUGGAUCCUAG